AUGGAGUUGCAGCAGGAUAGACCGCCUGACUAUCGUCAGCGCUCGCCCGAGACCAUCGAAUGGCCUGUCGCCCCGAGCCAUGCCCUCCCGCACGCCCCAGAGCAGCCGCGACUGGGCAGCGACAUCACCCUCCCUGACCUCAAGACCGUCCUCUCCUCCGAAUUCGAGCAAAUGUCCCCAAGACAACCCAGCGUCGCCAGUCCCGUGAAUUCAGUCAGAAGCCUGCCGAGAAUGGAUCCAGGUCCAGAGUACAACCACGCAGUGCAAGAUCAUCGCAGAGGUCUGGACACCAUCAUGGCCGGUGCGAACGAGACGGAUAGUGUGAUGAGUUACGAGGAUACCAAUGCGAGAUCAGCCAGCAGGGCGCUGUCUGUGGAAGACCCAGACGUACGCAUGGCAGCCGAAGCGCUAUCAGGGUUGGGCAAUCCAACAGCUCAAUUUGCCCGAGGUCACGACAAGAUUCACGUGCAUUCACAUGCAAGCGAUGCACGUGCCUCGGAUGGGCGGAGCGUAUCUGGAAAUCCCGAACCGCUUCUCGAGCUUGUGUCUGCGGCUCAUCCAUGGGUUGGUGGAACUAUGAAAGGCUCCCUCACGGCGUACGAGACGGCAAAGUACUACUCCCCACGCAUAGUACGCUACGGUGUGAACUUCGCCGAGAGGAACAUUGGCACGCCGGUCGUCAGUGCAGUUGGUAGUGUCAGCCAAAUCACUGGUGUCGAGGCUGGACUUCGUCGUUAUCUGGACGCUCGCCGACCGAACGACAUUGAGCGAGGAGACAAGAACAUGGACUCGAGCAUGGACAUCGAUGAGGGCAUUGUCACUCGUCCACGAGACAACUCGAUACCACCACCAUACGGAGCAAGCAGGCCGCCCUCAUACCGCGAAGAGGUCAGCCCAGCUUCGGCGAACCGCUCGAGGGAAGUCGCCGUGCAAGAGCGACCUUCAGCAAAUCGCAGCUGGUCAUCGCAACUCUUCGUCUCCACAUCUGGUCUCUCUGUUGCUCUUAGCACGACUUCACGCAAGAGCUUGAGGAUGUGCCUGCAGUUCCUCAGCGCCCAGGCCGGAUAUCUCCAACACGUGAGCAAGGCACUUUCUCUCGCGCUGAGCAACUACGAGCAACGACGACAAGAGUACCGAAACAACAGCGACUCGGCUCUGGAGAAGGGCGAGCGUCCUUCAACGCCCGACCAAGAUGAGAGUGCGAGACGGCUUGCAGAGGAGAUCAGCCAGCACUGCAAAGCCAUCUGGACGACUCUCCAACAUGCCGUGACCACGGUAUCAAGCUACACGGGUGCAGCAUUGCCGCAUAACGCGCGCGAGUUCGUACGACUGCAACUGAUGUCCCUUCCUCAACGCUGGAGGAUCGUCGUCGACUCCACACAGGCCGGCUCUGAAACCAGUCGCUCUGCGCAACGUAUGAUUGACUUCUCAUCGGAAGGCUUGGACAUGAUGAGUCAAGUCGCGGGUGUCCUCAAGGCGACUCUCGACAGCGCAGAAGGCUGGCUCGCGGCGGUAGGCAGACGUGAUCAACAAGUCGAAGAUCAGCAGAUGCAGGACGCCUCCACCAACGAGUCGCAAGCCGAACGCGAGAAGUCUUGA